AUGUUAGCAUUAGCUUCACUUUGGGAGAUCUCACAACAACGGCUGCAGCCAACAGUGCCGCCUGCGGUGCUGAAAUACGGGGAGAAAGAAGUCAUCAUGAAACUGAUGGAAUAUGAUGCAGAAAGAGACUCAAAAUUUAGUCCAGGUCAGGGUCUGGUCCUGUAUCCUCAGAUCGGGGACAAGAUGGACAUUGUGUGUCCCCGGGCCGAUGCGUCCUUGGGGGAAAAGGAGGAGUUCUACCGAGUGUACCUGGUCUCCAGGAGUCAGAUGGAGACCUGCACCAUCGACAAGACGGACACGCCCCUGCUGAACUGUGACAAGCCCCACCGGGACGUAAAGUUCACAUUCAAGUUCCAGGAGUUCAGCCCCAACCUGUGGGGUCUGGAGUUCCUCAAGGGGAGGGACUACUACAUCACCUCCACCUCUGCUGGCUCUCUGCAGGGUCUGGAUAACACUAACGGAGGGGUGUGUAAAACCAAAUCCAUGAAGCUGGUGCUGAGAGUCGGCCAAAGCUCUUCAGAUCCACCUUCAACCCUCCAGGAGUCCCCCACCAGAUUCCCACCAAUACGACCAAAGUCCAAGGACCCCUCUGCAAAGGAAAAGGAUAUAAAAAGCAAAACUGACUCAGGCUCAGAAACAGGACAAACAAACCCCGGUGGCAGCGAGAGCGGCUCCGAGCCAGGACUGCUCAUGUGGGUUGUCUCUGGUGGUGUGAUCCUCCUUCUGGUCAUCAUAAUUCUGCUGGUCAUGCUGUGGAGACACCGUCACCGUCGCUGCGCCCCAGAUAGCCAGCAGUCUGCGUCCGUGUCCCUCAACACUUUGGCCGUGGCAAAGCGGGACAGCAUUGGCAGCGACAACAACGGCUCGGACCGCAGUGAUGUUGUGUUCCCUCUGCCGGCUUCUGACAGCAUGAUCUGCCGUCAUUAUGAGCGUGUGAGCAGCAGCGACUAUGGGCCCCCUGUGUACAUAGUUCAGGAGAUAACGCCUCAGACUCCCACCAACAUCUACUACAAAGUCUAA